CCGCUUCCGGUCCGUGUCCUUGGGGCUCCGUGGCCUGCCGGCUUUUCCUCAGCUGCCGGGUCUGCAUCCGGGGAACAUGGCGGCGGCAAGGGGCUGGUGGCGGGGGCUCGUGGGGGCCGCGGCACUGGCCCGGGGAGUCGUGCGACCUUCGGCACUAUUGCUGCCUGUGAGGAGAGAGAGCGCCACAGCCGACACGCGCCCCACUGUCAGACCACGGAAUGACGUGGCCCACAAGCAGCUUUCAGCUUUUGGAGAGUAUGUGGCUGAAAUCCUGCCCAAGUAUGUCCAACAAGUUCAGGUGUCCUGCUUCAAUGAAUUAGAGAUCUGUAUCCAUCCUGAUGGCAUCAUCCCAGUGCUGACCUUCCUCAGGGAUCACACCAAUGCACAAUUCAGAUCCUUGGCUGACUUAACAGCAGUGGACAUCCCAACCCGGCAAAACCGUUUUGAGAUUGUCUACAACCUGCUUUCUCUGCGUUUCAACUCACGGAUCCGUGUGAAGACCUAUACAGAUGAGCUGACACCCAUUGAAUCUACUGUCUCUGUGUACAAGGCAGCCAACUGGUAUGAGAGGGAGGUCUGGGACAUGUUUGGAGUCUUCUUUGCUAACCACCCUGACCUAAGAAGGAUCCUAACAGACUAUGGCUUUGAGGGACAUCCUUUCCGGAAGGACUUCCCCUUGUCUGGCUAUGUUGAGCUACGCUAUGACGAUGAGGUGAAGAGGGUGGUGGCCGAGCCAGUGGAAUUGGCCCAAGAGUUCCGCAAGUUCGACCUAAACAGCCCCUGGGAGGCUUUCCCUGCCUACCGCCAGCCCCCUGAGAAUCUCAAGCUUGAGGCCGGAGACAAAAAACCUGAAGCCAAGUAGCUCCAGGGAAGGCAUGUGGAAUGUAUAUCUUAGAAAGCGCCUUAUCUAUAAUUCAGUGUCCAUGUAAAUAAAGUCCUUCCUAGACUAAC